CACUGGACCCAUCUGCUUGUCGAUGAAGCGGCGCAGGGCACUGAGCCGGAUCUUGCACCUGCUCUUGCUUGUGUCCUUCCGCACCCGAGGUGUUACGCAACACCAGCAAUAAUUUUGGUUGGUGACCCUGCUCAAUUAGGCCCAGCCAUCAAGAACGACAUGUGCCGGUCUCAGGGACUGGACGUCUCUCUCUUUGAACGCCUCUCGCGGCUUCCAGUCUAUGCUCAGAGUCUCGCACGCCUUAAGCGCCACGGCCGCUCUAUCGUACUUUCCGGAGAAUUCAGCGCCCACUCGGGCCAUCUGAUUCGGAACUAUCGAGCUCGUCACCCAGCCCUCCUGCAUCUCCCCUCCACCCUCUUCUACAGCGAUUCUCUCGUGCCCUGCGCCCCUGCCAACGGUAGACUGAUUGACCUGCUCAACAAUUGGACUCAGCUACCCCGUCGGGGUGCACUUCGCGGUAUGCCAAUGCUUUUCGCCGAUGUCAGGUCACACGAGGAAUGGGUCGAUGAGGGAGUCUCCUGGUGGAACGAAGGAGAGGUACAGAAAAUUGUCGAAAUGUGUCGCUCUCUCGUUGAGCCCGUGGGCUGCUCAACUCCGAGCACCAACAAUCCUCGAAACUCCAACAACGGGCAAUGCAUUGUCAAGCCAUCGGAAAUCGCAGUCAUAAGCCCAUUCAGGGAACAAGUAUGGCGCCUCCGUGUCGCUCUGAGAGCUGCAGGACUGGGCGACGUUGCCGUCGGCCCAGUCGAAGCAUACCAGGGUCAAGAAGCUCCCAUUGUUAUCCUCUCUCCCGUGCGCUCUCGCUCCAGAUUUUUAGCCAGCGACCGGGAGGCAGGCCAAGGAUUGGUCUGUGAGGCCAAGAGACUCAACGUCGCCCUCACUCGUGCUCGAGAGCUGCUCAUCGUCGUUGGCAAUGCGGAGCUUCUG